UUUGCAGGGAGGUGAUGAGGGUGCUGGGUGGAAAGAAGAAGAAAGAAAAAAAAGAAAAGCAAUUGCAAAAAGACAAUGACGGAUGAAAUAGCAGACCAGGUACUGCUAAAGCGAUAUGCUGCAGUGAAGGACCACGUUUUUGAGCAGCUGAGUAGCACAAGAAAACCCAAUGUGCCUGGCUUUCCUAUGACAUACAACCCUUCUAACGCCUGGGUGCUUCCUGCUUAUUCCCAGGAAGAUUCGGAAGGUCAGCCGUCUGUGCCGGCAGGAAGAAUACGGCAACACGAUGACAUCUUGGAUGGGUCUCUGGUGAUCUCUAAAAGUUACCGUCAUCACAGUAAAAAGUGGAGAGGCAGUGGUAUGGCUCUGUUGAAGGCGUCACUCAUGGCUUUCAGUUUUGUGUUUUGGGUCGCUGGGCUAGUAAUGCUCACCGUGGGCAUCUGGGCUAAGCUCUCCUUAGAAGAAUACUUGGUUCUAUCCACGAAUGAUUAUCCGAAUACCCCACUCAUCCUACUCGUGAGCGGAGCCGCUGUCUUACUGUGGGGCUUUCUGGGCUGUCUCAGCGCUGCCGCGGAGAAACGUUAUCUCUUGCGUAUCUAUGGACUCUUCCAAAUGGCAGUUCUGGUGGCGGGACUGGCCGCGGGACUCUCUGGUUUGUUCUAUAGAAGGGACAUUGCUGAUGGCUUUGAAAGCGGCUUGCAAGAUGCAGUUAUUUCCUAUUCUGAAGAUGAGGAGAAGGCCGAUGCGUUGGAUGUUAUUCAGCGGGCUCUGCACUGUUGUGGGGUUCACAGUUACAAAGACUGGCUGGAUUCCCCUUGGUCAAUAGAGCAACGGGAGCAACAUUCGUACUAUGAAUACAGCAAUGGCUCUGUGCCCAGUAGCUGCUGCCAGGCACGACGGGGAUGCCACAACAGCCCUGUGCUCGCCGGUGCCCCAGGUAUCCACAGGGAGGGAUGUUUUAAGAAAGUCUGUGACUUUGUAAGCGACAACAUGUUCUACAUAGCCACGGCGGCCCUGGGACUGGCUAUCAUGCAGGUGGUAGGCAUCAUUUUAACAUGUGUCUUGGCCACUAAAAUUACUCAAAGGAUGUCCGAUAUGGUUCCAACGUAGGAUCUGCGGGAAUGUGUUUUAUAUAAUGCAGGCCUGUCAGUGAGCUAUAAAUCCCAUUAAGCCUUCCAACCACUUUUUGUUGUUUCGGUUGGCAGAAGAAUUACAGUCAGCUGACUUCAUUUCAUAAUAUAAAAUGUAAUCUCUGUUACAUGUUGUUUAAUUUUGUUAUUUAUUACUGCUCUGUUAAGUUGCCUUGUCCAGAGCCAUUUAAGGUGCAUGCGUAACAAAAGCCGUAUCUAGUAUUGAAAAAUGACUGG